AUGAGGAGGGAAAUUGUAUGUAUUUUAAAAGACAAAAAUUUUGGCAUAGUAUUUACAAUAACAUUUGUGAAGGACAUUGAUUACAAUCAGCGGAUGGUCAAAAAAUUUGAAAAAGGGUAUGAAGCUCUAAAAGGCAAAAUUUUCACCUCUAAAAAACACCUGAUAGAUGAGGGUUAUCAAUUAAAAAUUGCACAGAAUGAGGGGCAAGUGAUCAAGGAAGAAGAGGUUUUAUGUGACACUGACAAGGAGUCAUAUACGAGUAAUCACGAUGUGACAACUGCGUCCUCUAGUGGAAAACUCCAGACCAAUAACUGCAAAAAUGCACUGAAAGAGGAUCACACUGGAAACUUUUCUAGAUGCAUGCUACACCGAGUACACACCCAUCCAUUACUGCCAAGUGAAGUACGCAUCUUUGAGAGGGAGAACAAAAGAAUGAAAGAAGAAGAGACGUACUUUAACAGGACUUUGUUUCGUGUUUUGCCUUAA